AAUAAUUCACCAAUCCAUUUUCCGGAUGCGUAACGAGGCCAGUUAUCAAUCGCCACGGCGAUCUUCAAGCUUGACUUUGAUUUCAACCAAGCCAAUUCCUUUGAAUUGGACUCCACACAUUCUGCUAUUAUGUCACCUCGAAGUAGCAAGAGUUCGCGUGGUAAAGUGGUUAGAAAAGGGCGGAAAGUGCGUACGGUGGUGCCGCGACUAGGUGAACGGACGCCGAAGCAAGAGCGGGGACGAAGAAACGGGGAGACGAUGAUAACAGGCAAAAAGGCCGUCGCCGUACUUCCCGAGACAGGUCGAUGUUCUGUACCGCGCAUGCGUCAAUCCCUGGAUCCCAAGGCACUCAACAGCGCCCUGCUGCUACGUUGCAUGGAGAAACGACGAAAAGCUCCUCGUACCACUGAAGCUAAUGAUGUUGACGAUAAAGAUACUUCUUCUAGUCUUGCUGAUGAUAGUCGCGAUAAUAUUCAUGAUAAGAAAAAAAAAGUGGCUAGAUGUAUUGUAAGAUCACGAAAAAAGUCACUCAGAAAAUCCAUGUCUGAUCAUAAUUCAACUUCUCCUUCAGAUAAUCCUUCAUCUAAAUCUCCAACAGCUUCUGAAUCAUUAGAUUCAUCAAUUGGGUCCAAUAUUAAUACUUUUGACACUUGCUCACCAAAUUGUCAUCCGACAAAUAUGCAUGCACCUCUUGAGACUCUAAAGAAUGCCCUAGAAGGCUAUGAUCACAGUCGCAUUUAUUUAGCACAUGUUUCUUUUUUAAAUUGGCGAGAUUUACCAGGAAGACGAGUUAUCUCUGGUGAAAGAGUGUGGGUUGUAGGAGCAGCUGAUCAUGGUGGCAGACAUAGAACAAGACUUUUAGUUGCUGGUCGUCAUUGGAGACCAAGAUGUUUGGCUAAAGUAAAUAUGGUAACUCAACCGGUUGUUUAUGCUGGUGGUGGUAGUGGUUCUUUAACAUCUGAUCUUUUUCUCUGGUGGUUUCAUCGAGAAUUUGCAACCACAGCUAUUGCCAUGCAUCCAGAUGGUGCUAUUUUAGUAGCUGAAUCAGCGGAUUAUCUUCCACCAGAAAUUGAAUGCGUCACUGCCGACGGUUUAGUUCGUCUCUUUGUUGUUCCUAAAGACUGUCUUGAACCAAAAAUUGUGGCCAAUGAAUUAAGAAUACGUUUAGCAGCAGGAUUACUCACGAGUAUACGUUUAAAUUUUUAUGAUAAAUCUAAAAAUAAUUUAGCUGAAGGAAUUAAAAGAUUUACAUUGAAAGAAGCUUUUGCGGAGCUUCAUAGAGCUUGGUUAGGUAUACGUUCAGAGACAUUUGCUAGAAGUUGGAUAUUAUUAAAUGAACGAACAGAUGCACAAUCACCACCACCUGGUCCAAGACUCUCAUCAAGACCUCACCGAGAUUCAGAUCAUACAGAAGAUAGAUUGAUGAUUGCAGAACUACGUGGCUUGGCUCGUGAAGCUGGUCUUGAGGUUGGUGACUCUGAUCUAGAAAAGUGGAUUCUUGAUGAAGAGAGUGAGCUUGCUAAACAAGUUAAAAAAAGUGAACUGGAAGAAGAAUCAAGUGUCAGAGAGAAUGAAGAGUAUAAAGAUGAAAAAGAAGAUGAAGGAGAAGGAGAAGAAGAAGAGGAUGAUAAAAAUAAGGAAGAAGAUGUAACUCCUAAUGCUGAAGAAACUGUCCAGUUGCUGUCUCGUGUUCUUCUUUGGAUGGAAAGAGAACCACUCGACCCAGGUCUUUUACUCGCGGUCAGAUCAAUGCGAGACACUGCUGCCGUUAUGGCAAGUAAGAUGGGACUGGCUGGCACACAUCCAAGUGGCUUACCUUUCUUCUGUGGGAAUGGUGAUCACUUGACACAACCACCACCAGCACACAUGGGAAUACCGCCUUAUGGAGCACUGGACGCGGGUAAGGCGGCUGCGGCUGCCGGUGAGUACUGGACACCACCCCAACAUGGCUCAUCAUCCUCUCAUCCUGCUCACUGGAAACGACUUCUUGCUGCAGCAGCCUCCACAGGUCUUACGAGAGCACCAAUGUAUCCAUUUUCUACAAGUAAUUAUCCUUAUCCAAUGUUGAGUCCAGAAAUGACGCAAGUUGCUGCAUCGUGGCAUACACCAAGCAUGUAUCCUAUUUCACCAGCAAGUGCAGGAUUCAGGAGUCCAUAUCCCACGAGUUUACCUAUCACAAGCUCGAGUUUACCCAGUGAUCUCUAUCGGUUUUCACCGACGGGAUUGAUGCCUCCUCAUCCGGGACUAAGUCCGCACGCACACGCGUUAGCAUCCCACGCGAUUAUUUCAUCGGCGCCAAAAGCAGAUCAUUCUACCUUGGAUCACAAUCACAGGUCUUCAAUAGAUCAAAAAAAUUCAUCUCUCACGACAGACAAUUCAAAAGCACAAGAUACAGGACAACAAAAUAAUCAAGAUAAAAAGAAACCCCACAUAAAGAAACCCUUAAAUGCUUUUAUGCUGUAUAUGAAAGAAAUGAGAGCGAAAGUGGUGGCAGAGUGUACCUUAAAAGAAAGUGCUGCAAUCAACCAAAUUUUAGGAAGGCGGUGGCAUUCGCUAAGCCGGGAGGAGCAGGCGCGGUAUUAUGAGGCGGCCAGGCAGGAGCGCCAUCUCCAUCAACAACGCUACCCCGGCUGGAGUGCCAGGGAUAACUACGGAUACGGCAGCAAGAAGAAGAAGAGGAAGAAAGAGCGGUCCGCAGAUCCCACCGGAGGUAAUAACAUGAAAAAAUGUCGUGCGAGGUAUGGAUUAGAUCAACAAAGUCAAUGGUGUAAGCCAUGCAGACGUAAGAAGAAAUGUAUCAGAUACAUGGGGGAGGGAGGAGACGGUGAUGGCGAAGGUGAAGGUGAUGGAGAUGAUGACCAUUCGGAGGACAAUUUAGGCAGUGUUGGUGAGGCCGGAACUCCAGAAGAAGAUGAGUCAUUAAGCAGUCCUGGUGGAUUAUCUGCAUUGUCUAGUCUGGCAAGUCCAUCAUUGGUGUUACCAUCACCAUCAAGUUUGGCCAGUCCGUGUCCAUGUCCUGUUACACCUCCAGUACCUCCAACAUCAAUGCCGUUGAAUGUUAAUCCAGCGGCAGCACCACCUCAUCGGAACCCCGUCGGCACUAAUCCUCAUGAUAUAAACAAUCCAUUAAGCGUUAAUCAACUAACAGGACAGUGUAUAAAAAGUGAAGUUGGUCAAGCGCCUUCAGGGCCUUCUAAUUCGGCAAUCAGUGUUACGUAGCCCUGGGUGGCCCCAAGUGACAAAACUAUACUUUUUUGUGUCAUCGGGGUUCACAUUCAAGUUAAAUACAUUCGGAAAAAUUCGACUGGUGUGGCGAUUGUGAUUACAACUAAACUUAUAAACAGCAUCUCAUGUAUUUUUAACACUAAGAAAUCAUAAAUUCACUAUUGCUGCAGUGAAUCAACAUUUAGAUUUAAAAAAAAAAAAAAAAUGAUGUUAUA